AUGGAUAAAGUGGUGAAGAAGUCUCUGGCCAAGCCCUUUAAAAAGUUAACCAGCUGCGUUUCGGGGGGAAAGGACCGGGACAUCUGGAGCAGACACAGGAGUAAGAGGGGCAGGGGGUGUAAGGGGAGGAGCGGCGCGCCCCGCCCGAACCACGCCCACGACCCCGCCCUGGUGAGGUCCUACCAGGCCGACCUGGAGAGAGAGAGGAAGUUGAGGGAAGCGAUGAACGCCAGGAAGAACGCAGAGAGAGCAGCGAUGCGGGCCCACUUCAGACAGAAAUAUCAGCUCUCAAAGAAUUCCAAAGACGCGAACCACCUGAGGGCAGUUGGAGGCAAGGUGUCACUCCCCCGCGAACUGGCAAAAAUAGUACGUCCCGAAGGCUCCAGGAAGGACGACAGCUUCAACCUACUAAGCGCGUUCCAAGGGCUUAGCUUCAACAUGGGGGUGUUCACCGGCACCAAACCGGCCAAGAAAACACCCACACCCACGCCAGCCGGCGGGGAAUCGUGCAAAGCACUGGAGGCAGCGGACGGAGGGAUGGAGAGAAAAAAGGCGCGGCGGAAUCAGGGAGGCAGCGGAGGAGCCCGGGCGUUUGAGGAGAUCCCUCACACGGGAAGCAACGGCUGGAUAAACCUCCUACGCUUCUGGAAGGAGGACAAAUUCAGACACCUUCACAAGCACAUGCAGAAAACCUUCAACACGCUGGGGCCCAUAUACAGGGAGUACCUGGGCAGUCAGAGCACUGUGAACAUCCUCCUGCCGGCUGACAUCGGUGAGCUGUUUCGCUCAGAGGGGCUCCACCCACGCCGCAUGACCCUACAGCCCUGGGCGACACACAGAGAGACACGCCAGCACAGCAAGGGGGUCUUCCUCAAGAACGGAGCAGAAUGGCGUGCAGACAGGCUGUUGCUGAACAGGGAGGUCAUGACGAGUGCAGCCGUGAAACAUUUUCUGCCGCUCCUCAACGACGUGGCCAGAGACUUCUGUCAUCUGCUCCGCUCACGGGUCCAAACCGACGGGACAGGGGCAGAGGGCAGGCGCAGCUUAACCCUUGACCCCAGUCCUGACCUCUUCCGCUUUGCUUUAGAAGCGAGCUGUCACGUCCUGUACGGGGAGAGGAUCGGGCUCUUCUCCUCCACGCCCUCCCAGGAGUCCGAGCGCUUCAUCUGGGCGGUGGAACGCAUGCUGGCCACCACUCAGCCCCUCUUGUACCUCCCCACUCACCUGCUGCUCCGUCUACACGCCCCCAUGUGGACGCAGCACGCUACCGCGUGGGACCACAUCUUCAGCCACGCCGAAGCUCGGAUUCAGAGGGGGUACCAGCGUCUGCAGGCCCAGUCUGGGGGCCUGGCAGGAGGAUCAGAGGGGCAAUUUUCAGGGGUUUUGGGGAACUUGAUGGAAAAGGGGCAGUUAUCACUGGAGCUUAUCAAAGCCAACAUCACCGAACUGAUGGCAGGAGGCGUUGACACGACGGCGGUUCCUCUGCAGUUUGCUCUGUUUGAGUUGGCAAGGAACCCCGAGGUGCAGGAGACGGUACGUGCUCAGGUGCAGUCGUCAUGGAUACAGGCAGACGGCAAUCCUCAGAAAGCCCUGCAGGGGGCGCCACUUCUCAAAGGCACCGUGAAGGAGACUCUCAGGUUAUAUCCCGUCGGCAUUACCGUGCAGAGAUAUCCGAUCAAAGACAUUGUGCUCCAAAACUACCAUAUACCAGCUGGGACAUUGGUCCAGGCGUGUUUGUAUCCUCUGGGUCGGAGCGGCGAUGUGUUUCAGGACCCUGAGCGCUUUGAGCCAGCACGCUGGGGGCGGGACGGGGAGGAGCAGGGCGUGACCUCGGGGGCGGGGUCGGGGGCCGCGUUCCGCUCGUUAGCCUUCGGGUUCGGGGCCAGGCAAUGUGUCGGACGCAGGAUCGCGGAAAACGAGAUGCAGCUAUUCCUCAUGCAUAUCCUGAGGAACUUCCAUCUCAGCGUAUCAUCCACGGAAGACCUCAGAACCACAUACACCCUCAUCCUCCAACCGGAGACACCGCCCAAAAUAACCUUUACCACACUCUGA